AUGGAAAGGAUUGUCUGGAUUUCAAUUGCUAUCCUGGUCUUGAUGUUUGUGUUUCAAAGAUUUGGAACUGACAAAGUUGGCUACACAUUUGCACCAAUAAUUUGUGUGUGGUUCUCACUCAUUGCUGGUAUUGGAAUUUACAACUUCGUAAAGCAUGAUACAAGUGUUGUCAAAGCUAUUAAUCCUGAAUACAUCAUAGACUUCUUCAAGAGAUAUAAAAAGGAUGCUUGGAUUUCUCUUGGCGGGGUUGUUCUUUCAAUUACAGGAACGGAGGCACAAUUUGCAGAUGUUGGUCAUUUUACUGUUCAGUCUAUACAGAUAAGCAUGUACUGUGUAACAUACCCAGCGCUCAUACUAGCAUGUCAAGCCUCCUUUUUAAGGAAGAACGCGGAUGAUGUUUCUGAUACUUUUUUCAAGUCUAUACCUCAUGGCAUAUAUUGGCCAAUGUAUGUGGCGGCAGAGUUUGCAGCUAUCAUUGCAAGUUAAGCCAUGAUUUCAGGGACCUUCGCUAUAAUCCAGCAAUCGCUCGCAUUAGGAUGCUUUCCUCGGGUUAAAAUCGUGCAUACAUCAACCAAACAUCAAGGGCAAGUCUAUAUCCCUGAAGUCAAUUAUUACCUUCUCUUGUUGGCUUGUGUUGCUGUUACUCUUGGAGUCAAGACUACUGCAAAAAUUGGCAACGCUUAUGCUAAGACAUUUCAUUUCUAGUUAUUCCCUCUCUUUCUUGAAGAUAUAUCAAACUCAUGUUUGUUGGUGGUAAUGUACAUGUUUAAUUUUAA